AUGCCGAGCGAAUUCUUCAAAAAUCCUAUGCACUCGCGUACUUCUUCCUGCUCUACAGCGCAAGCAACAAUUGACGAGCACACGCUCGCAACAAUGUCCAUGUACAUCUACUCCCAUCGUGCUACCCCUUCUCUUACUCGUCAUCUGCAAAUCAGUUCGUUCAACGCUCCGGAUCUCAACCCUGGUGCACCACUCACACUCGCUGCACACUGUCACGCAAGUCAACCUCCAAACUCGCCUCACAAGUGCAACCUCGACCUCUGCAAUCCGUACAAUCUCACAAUCCACACACAAUUCAACUUGCAGGGACUGAGUGUCGACCAAAGCAUGGUAACGAAGACUACCUCAAACGGCUGA